AUGACUUCGUCCUUUCGACCCGUCAACACGCCCUUGUCGCCGGGGCUGGUGAGGGAGGAGAGCGCGGAAACGAGGAUGGUUCAGCCGACAACACCAACACCCGGCACAACUCCCCGACCCCAGCAGCAACGCGAUGCUGUCGACGAUGCGACGACUCCGACGCGAGCGAGCUUUAACGGACACGCCAUGUCGUGGCAAAAACCCUUGCCUACAUCACCGUUCCCCGACUCGGUGCAGCUCCCGGAGUCGGCCGAUAAGGACUCCCCGAGGCGGGAGAACUCGCAACAUUCGGCAAAGUCGAGAGAUUCCGAAGAUGUGGAUAUGGAUGAGUCGGACGGCGAAGGCGCGAAUGGUGAGGAUGGGGCUUCUGAUGGCGAGAGCGUGAACGCCGACGGCUCAAGAUCGAAUAAAAAGAAGAAGUCACAGCGCUUUUAUUGCACCGAUUACCCGCCUUGCAAUUUGAGCUUCACUAGAAGUGAGCACCUGGCCAGACACAUCAGGAAACACACGGGCGAACGCCCUUUCCAAUGCCAUUGCUCUCGAAGAUUCUCACGGCUCGACAACUUGCGACAGCACGCCCAGACAGUCCAUGUAAACGAGGACAUACCCAACGACUCGCUCGCUGCGACGGGAACAAGAUUUCAGAGACAGAUUAGGACCGACAGAGUGCGCCAGGUAGGCGGGAGGGCAAGAGCAUCGACGGCCGGCAGUAUCGGAUCUACUGGCCGCGGCCACUCCAAGUCGCUGUCCACAUCCAGUAUCACCAGUGCUUCCUCCAUCAGCUCCAACUACAGUACCAUCGAGGCUCGAAGACGGCCGCCCCCACUAGUCAUGGCCGACCCGCGCUCUCGGAUGCCGCUCGACCCCUAUCGGACCUCGGUGGACCCCCAGUUCUACCGCCAACCCUCCCCGAGCGACUGGAGCACUCCUAUUUCGGCGACCUUCUCAACAGAGCAGAGCAGUCCCAGGUGGGGUUCUGGUGUCGCCUCCCCGAUCUCGUCACACUCACGAUCCCAUAGCAUGUAUGCUGGGUCUAGGACACCUGGGCGACGGCUGAGUGUACCCUCGGGCAGCAACCCAUUCCAUUCUCCACACGGUAUCAACGUUGGCAGACCUGGCUUUGGACCUGGCAUGAUCAACUCGCCCGGUGCUGGAGGGUUCUCGACAGAUAACAGCGGCCUUCUAUCGUCACCUACCACUUCCAAUGCCAGUUGGUCUAGGCGAGAGUCCAUUUCGAGCACAGCAGACGAAGCCUGGCGCCGCCGAACAUGGCAUCCCGACAGCCGCGAAUUCACUGGCGGGAGCCGGUUGAACCAGGUCAUCACUCCGUCCCAGCUCACGCCUUCGCCGGUGCCCCUGCCCAUAGCGAAUCCGGCUCAACAGUCCCACCAGUCUGUGCGCCUCCCAGGCAUCGAAUCCUUUGACCCGAUCCCCCAGCAUCAUCCCCUCACGCCGCCGAGACGCAUCCCGUCCCCGAUGAUGAUCGAUUCCGAGUCCCCGAGCCGGCCUACCCUACUUCCGUCUGCCGAGGCGGCUUCCGAGGACCGUCGGAAUGUUACUGCUCACUGGGACAUGGGUCUCCAUCGGGGCCUGACGAGACUCGACCUCAACACUCCGCCGCGGGACAGCGCCGGCUCAUGGGCGAGUGAGACCAGCCAGGCCGUCCUCGCCCAGGGAGAGCAAAACCGAUCGAAUUCCGGCCAGCCUACUGUUCGGUUUAAUGCCGACGUGAAGACUGUCCAGGUCCCUCAGGAUGGUCCUCCCAUGACCAGCCGCCGACACCACCACACAAUGUCUGCGCCGUUGAUCAACACCCCUAGGGAGCUCAAAAGGCGUGGCUGGUACCACGGGCCCGUGGCCGUCCGCCCGGCUGGGGAGACAAUCCCGGAAGGCCGGCCGCACGUUGACCGGAUUAUCCACCCUAACGUGAGCGGAUUCCAGGGAUUUCCCGGGCGAGACCAUCAUCAACCCGUCAUCCACCAGCAUGCUGCUGGCCCCACCGCGGGCCAGGGACACUCGAGCGGCGACCCCAAUUCUCUGAGGCGACUUGAGGCUCUGGUCGCUGUUGCAACGAGUGAGGGAUCGACAGCAACUGCCUGUUAG